GAAAGGUGCGACUUUAUUCCUGAAAAUCAAUAUGGAAUUUGUUGUUAAUUGACUAGAGAUGAGAAGUAAUUUCACCAUUGUUUGGGGACAAGUGAACAGCGCAUGGCAAGACACUAUAGAAGUUGCGUUUGUAGCUGCCAGUUGUCUGGUUUUGCUGGUCACUUUGCAGGUUGGAUUUCUGGCAAACUUGUUCGUGGCGUGGGCCGUGCACCACCAGAAGUCACUCCAGACGUCCAACAACGCUCUCCUGGUGAAUCUGGCCGUUAUUGACAUCUUGCGAUGCGCCAUUGAUUGUCCAUUGCUUCUCAGUGUUGUUUUGAGCGCUCGCGACCUCGGUGUGCUUUUCUGCAGCGCGCAGAUCGCGUCGUUUUCCCUCAUCUGUUGCGUGCAGUUGCUCACACUGGCGUGCAUCAGCGCCGAGCGAUAUCAAGCCAUUGCACAUCCGUUUAAAAAUGCCGAGCGCCGAAAACGGAUAACGGUGUGGAUUGCGUUGACAUGGCUUCUUCCCAUCUCCAUAUCGGUCAUUUGCGUGAUUUUUGCGAAAGACUCGCCGGUGUACGUCAGAUGCAGAGGUUUGCGCAUUGACAAGUUAGGACACGACACGUUUGGAGUUUACAUUUUGACUCCCAUCUGGUGCGUCUGUUUGACGGUCAUCAUUGGAUUCUACGGCCGUAUUUUCCUUUUAGUCAGAGCGCACGGUCGGAAAAUAUUCGAUAAGGGUUCGCUUCCACCACCGGAUAAGAAGAAAGAGGAUACAAAGCACAAAAAAGAAGAAAAAAAGACUGAUAUUAAAAAUGAUGCAGAAAAACAACAAACAUUCGAUAGUGAUCAUUUAAAACCGAAUGAAAAAGAGUCACGUGAAGAGAAUCCACUGGAUUUGCAUCCAACAUCUGAGGAACUUACCACAACAGUUGGCACUGACUCGUUGGAUAUAAACAAACCAGAGCUUGCCACUGAAAUAUCAAAAGAAACCAAAGUCACCUUUAUAGAUGAACUUUCCAAUGAAGCACCACAGGUUCUAGAAGUUCUUGGAGAGCCAAACGACCACCAACCUACUUCUGAAGAAAAUUCUUCUCCAUUAACUAAUGAAGAAGAUGGUGCGACAGAGUCAAGCACCCGCCAAUCAACCAGUGAGGAGGGUGUGGUACCAAAUGUCCAGCAAGAUGUUGCUGCAGAAAGUUCUCAGUCAUCAGUAAAAGGAGAAGAUGGCGAGGAAGACCCAAAUGGCCAACUACAUAAUACUUUAGGAACUUUUCCUCCAUCAGCUACUGAAGAAGAUGGUACUGUUGAGUCAAGCACUUCACAAGAUACGUCUCCAACAUCAGGAAAUGGAGAUAAAGGUGCUGAUAAGCAAAGCGUUCCUCAAGAAACUGCUGCAGAAACUUCUCCAGCAUCGACCGGAGAAGCCACAGCUGCUCCACAGGAGGAGGAGGUGGCAGGUGCCAUCUGUAUGAUGCCAUCUCUCGCCCAAAGAGAACGAGGAAACGCCAAGAAGGAGAGCAAACUGGCCAAGCGCUCCGGAUACAUCAUCUUCACCUUCCUCAUAUUUUGGAUCCCGCUGAUUGCGACAGUGGUUUUAAAUCACUUCUUUUACCAAAACGACAAUCUAACAGUGGAGGUUUUUCGGGAGCUGGAGAUUUUAACAGUGUCUUUGGUCUGCAUGACAUCCCUCACCAACCCGAUCAUCUAUGCCGCGGUCAACCCUCAGUUCCGCACAGAAUUCCACAAUCUGAAGACAAAAUGGAAAGCGUUUUUUACACUUUCAUAGAGUCUAUAUGUAUACUUGUGGGGUUGUCAGAGCUGAGAUCCCACUAUGCCAAACAC